CGCUGCGGGCGCCCGACUACCUUUAGCAAGAGGGCAGCGUCCUGAGGGGGUGGUGACAACCGGGAUUCCGGAAGCCCACCCUUCACCCGGAAAUGAUCGCGGGGGAACAUGGCGUUGCUGGUGCGAGCCCUUAGGAACCAGACUAGCAUCUCCCAGUGGGUUCCAAUAUGCAGCCACCUGGUAUCAGUAUCUCCUACCCCAAGACAGUGGGACAGGACUCUCUCCAGCACUUCCCAGAGCCCACAGAUGAGCCCGUCUCGAAUCUGGAUAGAACCAGAACAAACUGCUGGGGUGGGCACACAACAGAGUCGGAAAUACCACAUCACAAGUAAGCUUCCUACUACCCAAGAUUUCCCGAAGCCUGUUGAGGAGAAGGUUGGUCCCUUCACGAAGAUAAUAGAAGCCAUGGGGUUCACUGGACCUUUGAAGUACAGUAAAUGGAAGAUUAAGAUUGCAGCCCUACGCAUGUACACGAGCUGUGUGGAGAAGACGGACUUCGAGGAGUUCUUUCUGAGGUGUCAGAUGCCUGAUACAUUCAACUCAUGGUUUCUUAUAACCCUGCUUCACGUCUGGAUGUGUCUGGUCCGAAUGAAGCAGGAAGGCCGCACUGGAAAAUACAUGUGCCGGAUCAUAGUUCACUUUAUGUGGGAAGACGUGGAGCAGCGAGGCAGAGUGAUGGGGAUUAAUUCCUAUCUCCUAAAGAAGAACAUGGCCCUCAUGACAAACAAUUUCUAUGCGGCAAUCUUGGGAUAUGAUGAGGGGAUCCUUUCGGAUGAUCGUGGGCUAGCUGCUGCCCUCUGGAGAACCUUCUUCAACCAGAAAUGUGAAGACCCUCGGCAGCUUGAAUUGCUGGUGGAGUACGUGAGGAAACAGAUGCAAUACCUGGACUCCAUGAACGGUGAGGAUCUACUUCUGACAGGGGAAGUGAAAUGGCGCCCUCUGGUGGAAAAGAACCCACAAAGCAUCUUGAAGCCCCAUACUCCUACUUACAAUGAUGAGGGCCUUUGAGACACUGGCCCCUCUGGACAGUUAGCUGGGUGGCUUGGAGGAACCUCCAUGGAAGAAGUGCCUGUUUGUCCCAGGACCCUGAAGAAGGUGGCCUGAACUGACUUUUGAACAGCACCUGUUGAAUACUCAGCUCAUUUGUGUUGAGUUUCUUCUUCUGAGCCUAGAAGUCUGAUCCAGUGGGAGUCCUGCUUGUGUGUGUGGUGGGGGGAUCCUCUCGCUCUUCUGACAUGUUACCUCCCUCAAGAGAAGCCCCAAGCACACUUCCCAAGUCCCUUAAGCAACACACGUGACUGAGAGCUUUUCCAGAAGGCUGAGGAAGGGAUGAGUUGGUUAGAAAUGGGGCCCACCCACCCAGGUCCCCCUGUGUCUAGGAGCAGUUUCUAGUGCUAAGUCAAGAUGGGUAACCAUAUACUGGCCCCCAGCUGUGAGCCAUGGGGUUGAAGUAGCCAUUAAAAAAAACAACUUAUUUCUGCCAUGGUUCUUCUUUGUUCCAGGGUCUUUUAGAAACAUAGGAAAGCCGGAUGUGGUGGCACAUGUCUUUAAUCCCAGCAAUGGGAAGCAGAGGCAGGCUAAUCUCUGAGUUUGAGGCCAGUCUGGUCUACAAAGGUGAGUUCCAGGACAGCCAGGGCUACACAGAGAAACCCUGUCUCAAAAACAAAACAAAGAAACAUAGGCCAGAUGGUGGAUGCUCCACGCUCGAGAAUUAGCUCCGGCUGCUCUCUGCUCCCGCUCCUGUCUCCAGUUCACAGAGAGGAGUCCUUGUGUGGGCAAAACAUAGUCUGCCAGGCGCAUUCUCUGGGACCCAGGAGGCCUUUGUGGGCCAAGGGGCUCGUCAUAUCCUAAGUCAUUUAGAAAGAGGUCUUGAGGACAAAAGUCCCUUUGUCACCCACAGUGGACUGGGAAGGAAUGCUCUGACUUUCCCCUCUCAGCCUCCUUUGACACGAGAUAGCAAGAGCAUUCUUCCUUGCCUGUUGGUACCAUCCCAAGCCCCAGCCGAAGCCCGGUUUCCACCCCCUCCCCAGCUUCUAGAGCAUGUACUGGAAGGGGCACCUGGUCUGAGCACUUAGGGGACCUGUUCUCUCCUCUCUGAGAGCUUGGGUCAUCUCUUGGAAGGUUUUCUGAAAUUGAGGGAAGGGGGUAGGUCCCGUUGUGCCCCUCCCUCCCCCAUCCAGCUUCCUUCAUUGAGUUGCUAUAAAUGAGUCACAUACAGAAACUCUA